AUGGAAAAGCAAAGCAGGUGGUCGGAGCAGCGCUCCGAGCAGCGCUCCGAGCAGCGCACCGAGCAGCACACUGAGCGACGGGAGCAUCUUGUGCAGCAGCAGGAGCGCGUACAGCGCACCGAGCACCACUACACUCAUCAGAUGCUCACUCAGCAACGAUUGGAGAGUGCCGCUGACCGCAUGCCAAUUACUUCUGGACGACCAGGGGAUCCUUCUCCGCCGAUUUUUGAACAAAUAUUUAAAAAUGCGAGAUUCGCUCAAGGUGGCAAUGCAAAAUUUGAAGGCAAACUUAGAGGUAAUCCUACACCAGUAGUGUCAUGGACGAGAAAGAAGGCACCUUUAGUAGAAUGCAACAAAUAUAGCAUGAAUUAUAACGAACAAACUGGUGAUGUCUCAUUGCUUAUAAAGCAAAUUGGCCCUGGUGAUGAAGGUGAAUAUACAUGCACAGCGCGUAACCAAUAUGGUGAAGCGAUAUGUUCAGUAUACAUACAACCAGAGGGUGUUCCCGUUCCAGCACAUCAAAACUCACAACAACAAUGUUAUCGGCAUGUCAGUGAAAGUGUCGAACACAAAUCCUAUGGUACUCAAGGAUAUAACACAGAGCAAACUCAUCAGACUCAGAAAAUUGCUUACACAAAUGGAACCGAUCAUUCUUCUACCGAAGACUUUAAAGUUGAUACUUUUGAAUAUAGACUAUUAAGAGAAGUCUCAUUCCGAGAAUCGAUUACUCGUCGUUAUAUAGGGGAAAGUGAUAUUCAUAUUAAUACCGAAAUCGACAAGACCCUAGGAGGAGUUUCCCCACCAAAAAUAGGACAAAAACCAAGAAAUUCUAAACUACAGACUGGAAUGGACGCGCAGUUUCAAGUACAACUAUCUGGUAAUCCAAAACCGAGAGUCACGUGGUUUAAGAAUGGACAAAGAAUAACAAAUUCAAGCAAACAUGAAAUAGUUACGAAUAAAAGUCAAACGACGCUUAGGGUAAGAAAUACACAAAAGUCUGAUGUAGGUCAUUAUACACUACUCGCAGAAAACCCCAAUGGUUGUAUUGUUACGUCAGCAUACCUUGCCGUCGAAUCUCCUACAGAGACAUAUGUACAAGACCAAAAAUCGCAAUACAUUAUGGAUACACAACAAACAGGUAUAGAAGAAAGGGUUGAAAUUAGCGAAAAAUCUCUCGCUCCGCAGUUUGUAAGAGUUUGCCAAGACAGAGAUGUAACAGAGGGCAAGAUGACGCGAUUCGAUUGCCGCGUCACAGGCAGACCUUACCCAGAAGUCACGUGGUUCAUUAAUGAUAGACAGAUUCGGGACGAUUAUAAUCAUAAGAUUUUAGUAAACGAAUCCGGAAAUCACGCUCUUAUGAUUACAAAUGUCGAUCUUAGUGACAGUGGUGUAGUUACAUGUGUAGCACGAAACAAAAGCGGUGAAACGUCGUUUCAAUGUAGGUUAAAUGUAAUAGAAAAGGAGCAAGUAGUGGCUCCUAAAUUUGUUGAACGUUUCAGCACUUUGAGUGUUCGUGAAGGUGAACCUGUAGUGCUUAAUGCACGUGCGGUUGGCACACCUACACCUCGGAUCACAUGGCAGAAGGAUGGCGUAGCGAUUAUACCCAAUCCAGAAUUACGAAUUAAUACCGAAGGUGGGGCCUCGACGCUGGACAUUCCGCGAGCCAAGGCGUCGGAUGCGGCAUGGUACCAGUGUACGGCCCAGAACGUCGCAGGCUCCACUGCCACUCGGGCUAGGCUCUAUGUUGAAGUUCCAAAAGAGCCACCGCCUGAACAAAAGCGUUUACACUUGCCUCGACCAACAAAAAUUAUUGAGCCAGAACCUGCUCCUGGACCUGAAAUUAUAUACUUAAGACACGUAGAAAGAGCACGACCGUACAUCCCUCCGGGCGAGGAAGAUCGAAUUUACCCUCCACCACAGUUCAUUAUUCCACUUAAGAGUGUUACACAGAUGGAAGGUGGGAAAAUUCAUUUUGAAACUAGAAUAGAACCUGUAGGCGAUCCGUCUAUGAAAAUUGAAUGGUUAAGAAAUGGACAGAGUAUCGAAGCCAGUUCUAGGUUCACUUCUAUUUUUCGAUUUGGAUAUAUAUCUUUAGAUAUGCUUAGUCUUAAUAUCCAUGAUAGUGGAGAAUAUACAUGCCGAGCCGUUAGUGCAACAGGCGUUGCUGAAACAAAAGCCAUGUUGCAUGUUACGCCAAGGGCAAUUAUCGAAAGAACAAGCCAACAUCCAGAAAGUUUACAAUAUAUACAACAGCUGGAAGAUUACUCAAAGUUCCAGCGAGAAGAAUCAAUUGAGGAACAAAUUUCACAACGGCCUCAAUUCAUAAAGCAAUUACAAGACCUUGGCGAGCUUCAAGAGGGCAGAAAUGCUCAUUUUGAAGCGCAACUUACUCCCGUAAGUGAUCCUACUAUGAGAGUUGAAUGGUAUAAAGAUGGCAGACCAAUCACAGCCAGUUCGCGAAUCACGUCAAUCUUCAACUUCGGUUACGUCUCCCUUAACAUCAUGCACCUACGGGCUGAAGAUGCUGGUUCGUAUACUGUCAGGGCUGUAAAUAAGCUUGGUGAAGCCAUCAGUACUGCAUCAAUUAGAGUAGCAGCUAGGAGUACAGUUACAUCAGAUCUCGGCAUACCAGAGCAGCGAAGAUAUAUUGAAAAAACAGAACAACUUGAAGCAUAUCAACAACAACAGUAUCAGAAAUAUUAUCAGGAAAUUCCAGAAAGUACACAACGACCUGAAUUUAAAACCCCUAUAAAAGAUCAAAUUAAUAUUAAAGAAGGAGGAUUUGCUCAUUUUGAGGCUCGAUUAGAGCCGGUAGGAGAUUCUACUCUAAAAGUAGAAUGGUUAAAGGAUGGACGUCCUGUUGAAGCAAGCUCCAGAAUUACCACUUUCUUUAACUUUGGGUAUGUUGCGCUUACAAUAAAGUCUGUGACUAUUCAUGACGCAGGUCAUUACACAUGUCGAGCAUAUAACGCUUUUAGUCAAGCAACAACCAGUGCUAAUCUAACAAUUAUAACAAAGAAAGAUAUAAUAGCUGAAUCACAACAUCCAGGUGGUUUAGAAAAAAUUCAGUAUUUAGAAGAUUCUAGCAAGUACUCCAGACGAGUAGAAGAAGAGUUGCAAAUUACACAAAAACCAAGAUUUUUAGGUCCAUUAAAAGGUACAAAUAAAAUCGUAGAAGGACAAAGUGCUCACUUUGAAGCUAGGGUUGAGCCACAAAGUGAUCUUACUAUGACAGUUGAAUGGUAUUUUAAUGGAAAAUUAAUAAAAACUGCAAACCGAAUACAGACUUACCACGAUUUCGGAUAUGUUGCAUUAGAUAUAUCAGGAGUCAGAUCGGAUGAUACUGGAGUUUAUACUGUUGUAGCAAGGAAUGCCGCUGGUGAAGCUCAAUUGAGUGCAUCAAUGACAGUUGAAACCCGAUCAAGUAUCGAUACAUCAAGCAUUCAUCGUGGCUUAUAUGAAAAGACUAGACAUAUUGAAGAAUCUAAGUUUGUAGAACCAAUGUAUCAUAUAGAGGAAAUUUCGAAAUCUAAGCCUAUAUUUAUACAGCCACUGUCAGAUCCGCAACCGGUUUCUGAAGGAAAAAAUAUUCAUUUAGAAUGCCGUUUGGAACCUAUGGGUGACCCAACUAUGAGAGUUGAAUGGUUCCAUAACGGAAGAGCUGUUACUGUGGGAUCUCGCUUUAGAACUUAUUAUGAUUUUGGUUUCGUGGCCUUAGAUAUUAUUCAUGCUACAUCCGCAGAUCAAGGAGAAUACACAGUAAGGGCAGUAAAUCAUUUAGGUUCUGCUCAUACUUCUGCAAUGGUGCGAGUAAUAGAGAGAUCAGAUAUAGUUACAGAUACUCAAAAUGAACAAGCUUUUGAGCAGAUACAAAUACUAGAGGAUUCUACACGAAGAACGAAACAUCAACAAGAAGAUAUAACGGUAAUGCAAGCACCACAUUUUUCACGGGCACUACAUAAUAUUGAAACAGUUGAAGGUACUAAUGUGCACUUGGAGUGCAGAUUGCAACCAGUUGGAGAUCCCACCAUGAAAGUUGAAUGGUUUUGCAAUGGUAGACCCAUAAAGACAGGACACAGAUUUAGACCAGCCUAUGAAUUCGAUUACGUUGCACUUGACCUUUUAAGUGUUUACCCCGAAGAUUCUGGUGUAUACACAUGUCAAGCCACAAACCAGCUUGGAGAAGCAGUAACUUCAUGCGCUUUACGCGUAUUAGCCAAAAAGGACUUAAUUUUUGACUCACAGCACCCCUCUGGUUUGGAAAAAAUCCAAUAUUUAGAAGACGCUUCGCGUUAUAAGAAAUCCGAGGUAAUUGAUGAAUCUUUUAACAUUAAACCUCAUUUUGUUACCAAACCAAAAUCCAUUGACAACGUAAAAGAGGGUCAACAUGUUCACUUCGAAUGUAAACUCGAACCAGUUACUGAUCCUAAUUUAAAGGUGGAAUGGUUCAAGAACGGCCAGCCUGUAACUAUAGGCCACAGAUUUAGGCCAAUACACGAUUUUGGAUAUGUAGCCUUAGAUAUUAUUGAUUUGAUUGCAGAAGAUUCUGGUAUAUAUACAUGCAGAGCAGUUAAUCUUAUUGGCAGUGAUGAAGUGAGUUGCAAAUUAUCUUGUCGAAGUACCGCUGAUAUUAUUCGAGCUACUCAAAAUGAAGCUGGCUUAGAACAGAUUCAAGUUUUAGAGGAUAGAUCUAAGUUUUCUAGAACUGACUUCGUAGACGAAGUUACAACGCAAGCACCUAUAUUUACAACAUCUCUGAAAAAUAUUGAAAUAAAAGAAGGACAAAGAGCUCAUUUUGAAUGCCGCUUAAUACCUGUCUCAGAUCCCACCAUGAAAGUUGAGUGGUAUCACAAUAAUAAACCUUUAAAAAGUGGUUCACGAUUUACUGAAACUAAUAACUUUGGGUUUGUGGCUCUUGACAUCAUGGCUUGCUUACCAGAAGAUUCCGGUACGUACACUUGCCGGGCUAUAAAUGCUUUAGGUGAAGCCGUGACCUCAGGAAAUGCAGUGGUGCAUUCCAAAAAAUCGAUUUAUUUAGAAUCACAACACGAAGGGGCUCUUCCUAGACUAAAUCAAUUAGAAACGUCAAGGCAUCAAAAGCCAUUAGCACAGGAUGAAUUUACAACUCAGGCACCAGUAUUCACGAUGCCAAUGAAAGAUAUCCGGGUAGCUGAAAAUCAGGCUGUGCACUUUGAAGCAAGACUCAUACCCGUCGGUGACCCUAAACUGCGUGUAGAAUGGUUACGAAAUGGUGUGCCUAUUGCAGCCUCUAAUCGUAUUACUACCAUGCACGAUUUUGGAUAUGUCGCUCUUAAUAUGAAAUAUGUGAACCCUGAAGAUUCUGGUACAUAUACAUGCCGAGCAGUUAAUGAAUUAGGAGAAGCAGUAACAUCAUCGACUUUGUUUGUGCAAUCUAAAGCAUCUCUCCAACUGGAAUCGCAACACGAGACCGCAUUAGAAAAAAUCCAGCAAUUGGAAGAUGCCACACGUUAUCACCGUAGAGAAGAUGUUGAAGUUACUGUUAAUCAAGCACCUCGAUUUGUGACUCAUUUGAAUGGUCCGACAAAACUAAUUGAAGGACAAAGUGCGCACUAUGAAUGCCGUAUUGAACCAUAUCCUGAUCCUAAUAUGCGCGUCGAAUGGUACUUUAACGGAAAAGUUCUGCAAAGUGGCCACCGUUAUCGUACUGCUUAUGAUUUCGGGUUUGCAGCUUUAGAUAUACUUACAGUUUAUGGUGAAGAUUCUGGUGAAUACACUUGCAAAGUUAUAAAUAACUUAGGACAAGCAACAUCAACAAUUAAACUAAAUGUUCAAUCCAAGGAAUCAAUAAUUAGAGACACACAACAUGAAAGUGCGCUUGAAAAAAUUCAGUACUUGGAAGAUGAUUCCAGAUAUAAACGAGUUAUCCAUGAGGAGAGUUUUAUUGCUGAAAAGCCUCAAUUUGGAAAACCUAUUAAAAACGCUGAAGUGCCCGAAGGCAAACCAGUACAUUUAGAAGCUACCUUAACGCCAGUUAACGAUCCAACCAUGCGAAUUGAAUGGUACUGUAACGGAAAGCCCAUACAACAAGGACAUAGAUUUAAGACUACAUAUGACUUUGGAUACGUGGCUUUGGAUAUUUUGUACGCUUAUGCCGAAGAUAGUGGGACGUACAUGUGUAAAGCUACGAACGCAGUCGGUGAAGCUAUUACGACAAGUUCGGUGAAAGUUGAUGCUAAAGAAUCUUUAUACUUGGAUACUCUGGAUGCGCAAAGAUUAAGAAAGAUCCAAGAGCUUGAAAAAUACGAGAGACCUAAGCCAGUAGAAGAGGAGCAGCCAGGUCAAAGACCAGUGUUCUUGACUGCUCUAACAAGUCUUGAAAAUCUUAAAGAAGGUGAUCGUGCUCACUUUGAAUGUAGAGUCGAGCCUAUAAAUGAUCCUGAUCUUAAGAUUGAAUGGUUCCUCAAUGGCCAAAGAAUCAAAACUGGUCAUAGAUACAGAACGACACAUGAUUUUGGUUAUGUUGCACUAGACAUAUUAUACACAUACAGUGAGGAUUCUGGUACUUAUAUGUGCAAAGCAUCAAACAAACUUGGUGAAGCAGUUAAUACAUGCACGUUGAAGGUUGCAGGGCACAGAAACAUUAUAUUGGACACUCAACAUCCAAAUGGGCUCGAGAAAAUAAGACAAUUAGAAGCACAAGGUCAUCCUGCUAGAAUAGAAGUCGAAGAGCCCAAAAUUUCACCACCCCGGUUCGUUACUGAACUGCGAGGAACAACACACGUUUAUGAAGGCCAAACUGCGCAUUUUGAAUGUCAAGUUGAGCCUGUACAUGAUCCUAAUUUGAGAAUUGAGUUUUACCACAAUGGCAAAGCCUUGCAAUCUGCAUCACGAUUCCAUAUCACUUUUGAUUUUGGUUAUGUGUCAUUAGAUAUUCAACACUGUGUACCGGAAGAUGCUGGUGAAUACUCCGUAAAAGCUAUAAAUGCACUGGGUCAGUGUACAUCCGCAAUAUCUAUGACUGUAACUGCAAAAGGUAGCAUUAUAUCGGAAUCUCAGCGUCCUGAAGGAUUAGAGAAAAUCAAAGAGUUGGAAUCCGCUGAACCAUUUAAACGACCUGAAAUCCCUGAACCAGUAACUAGACAACGACCUGUGUUUACACAGCCACUUCAAAAUAUUGAUAAUAUACAAGAAGGCCAGACAGCGCACUUUGACUGUAGGCUUAUUCCUGUUGGAGAUCCAACACUCAAAGUAGAAUGGUUCCGCAAUGAAAAGCUUAUUGAAGACAGCUCAAGAAUUACCAAAACGCAUGAUUUUGGAUAUGUAUCUAUGACUAUUACUCACGUACGCGAUGAAGACGAAGGAGUUUAUAUGUGCAGAGCAUCCAACCUAUUAGGAGAAGCAGUGACUACCGCUGCCAUGAGAAUAAAAACUAAAGCAGCUAUUCAAAUGGAAACGCAGCAUCCGGAAGGUAUGAAGAAAAUUCAAAGAUUAGAAGAGCCACAAGCUAAACGGCCAGAAGAACCAGAGCGUGAAUUUGAGAAACCAAUAUUUACACAAGUACUUACUGGUCCUUCAGAAUUAUGGGAAGGACAACACGCCCAUUAUGAAGCACGCGUUGUUCCUGUUGGAGAUCCAAGCAUGCGUUUCGAGUGGUAUAUAAAUGGCGUGGAACUCAAAAUGGGCUCGAGAUUCCGCACAACACAUGACUUUGGUUUUAUUACCUUAGACAUAAACUCGGUUGUUUCGGAUGACGCUGGUUUAUAUAUGUGCAAAGCAAUAAAUAAAGCUGGUAGUACAGUGUCUUCAACUUCACUUAAAGUAAAGACAAAAUCUACAAUAGUAGAUUCGACUAUGAGACCAGAAUCGUGGGAACAGAUACAAUUAAAAGAAGCAGCCAUGAACAAAGUUCCAGAAAUGUUUAUCGAUUCGGGAGUGCAACAAGCGCCUAUUUUCACCACUCAUCUAAAAAGUUACGAUAAAUUAGUUGAAGGACAACAUGUACACCUAGAAGCUCAAGUAGAACCACGAACUGAUCCCAAUUUGAGAAUCGAGUGGUUUAAAAACGGAGUUUCCUUAACUACUGGUUCCAGAUUGAAGAGCACAUUUGACUUUGGAUUAGUUACUCUCUCUAUAAACUCUUUACGAAUUGAUGAUUCCGGAAUUUAUACGUGCAAGGCUACCAAUUUAAUGGGAGAAGCAGUAUCUACUGCAUCCAUAAAGAUCGAAGACCGUCACUGGUUACUUGGCGAGUCACUUCACCCUGAAUCUUUGGACCGGAUUGGAGCAUUGGAACGACCUAAGCCAGCGAAGCCCGAAACACCGGAGCCUGUAUAUGAAAUACCAGUAUUUAUUUCUCAUCUAAAUAAUAUAAUUUGUAAAGAAGGUGAUAAUAUUCAUUUUGAAUGUAGUGUUGAACCAUCUAGGGAUCCUACUCUCAAGAUUGAAUGGUUCUUUAACAACAAACCUCUCCCAUCGGGAACUAAAUAUAAAAGUACUCAUGAUUUCAGUUAUGUAGCUUUAGAUAUAACUCACACUUAUGAAGAAGAUUCUGGUAUUUACACUUGUAAAGCCACUAAUGCCAAGGGUUCUGCUACAACUUCAGGAUCACUAAGAUGUACUGGCGAUAAGAACAUUUAUUUCGACACGCAACAUCCGCAAGGAAAGGCUGGCUUAGAAGCUGUUGAACAGGCUGAAGAAGCUAGGCUUUCUAAGAGCAGAAGAACAUCUCUACCAGAUACUGAAUAUCCAGCACCCGAAUGGGUAGUAACAUUAUCCGCUGAAAAUAAUUUGAUAGAAGGACAAGCACUUCAUCUUGAGGGUCAAGUUGAACCUAAAAAUGACCCGAACUUAAAAUUAGAAUGGUACUUCAAUGGAAAAGUCCUCGAGCAAGGUUCAAGAUUUAAAUUAACCAGCGAUUUCGGAUUUGUUACUUUAGACUUAAUUGACGUUUAUGAAAGAGAUAGUGGUAUUUAUACGUGUAAAGCUUAUAACAAAAAAGGUGAAGCAUUUACGUCUUCCACCGUUUAUUGCACAAGUAAAGAAAAUCUUAUUGAAAAAACUCAGCAUCCUAAAGGUGUUGAAGGACUGGAGAAGAUUCAAAACCUUGAAGAUUAUCUUCGCAAGGAGCCAAGUGUUAAACCGGACGAUGACACCGGAAGACCUCCUGAAUUCACUACGGUUUUCACAGACAUAGUUGAUAUAAGUGAAGGUCAAAUUGCCCAUUAUGAGGCGUCCCUUAUACCUACUGGUGAUCAAAGUAUGGUAAUCGAAUGGUUCUAUAAUGGAAAAGCUAUUGAAGCCAGUCAUCGUAUCCGUACUGUGUAUGCCUUUGGAAUGGUAGUCUUAGAAAUCCUCGGUACAAAGACUUCUGACUCGGGAACAUAUUCUUGUCGGGCAACUAACAAGUGGGGUCAAGCUGAAAUAAGCUGCAGAUUAAAUUGUGUUGAUAAAAGCAAGGGACAAAAACCUCGCUUCACUACACAUAUUCAAAAUAUUGAAGGCCUCAAGGAUGGACAGUCAGCUCAUUUCGAAUGUACAUUAGUGCCCGUUGAUGAUCCAGAUUUGAAAAUAGAAUGGUACCAUAAUGGGCAACCAUUACGCCAUUCAACCAGAAUAAAAACAGUUUCAGAUUUUGGAUUUGUCGUUCUUGACAUAGCGUACACCCAAAACCAUGAUACUGGUGAAUACGUUUGUAGAGCCUAUAAUAAAUAUGGUGAAGACUUCACCAAAGCUACAAUAACAUGUUAUGGUAAAGGUGGUGUUUACUUAGACAGUUUACAACCUGAUUCACUUGCUAAGAUUAGGGAGUUGGAGAGUCUUCAAGGAGUACAGCAACAAUCACUUCCUGCACCUUCCGCAGAACCACCUAAAUUUAUCACUCAAAUUCAAGAUGUAACGAAAUUAGUUGAAGGUCAAAGUGCACACUUUGAGGCAAGAUUAGUGCCGGUUGAUGAUCCAGACUUAAAGGUUGAAUGGUACUAUAAUGGUAAAAAAUUACCCCACGGACAUAGGUAUAGAACUUUCCACGAUUUUGGUAUCGUAAUUUUAGAUAUUUUAUAUUGCUACGAAGAAAAUUCUGGUGAAUACGAAUGUAUUGCAACUAAUAAAUUAGGACGUGAUUCGACAAAAGCAAGUCUGAAGUGCACAUCAAAGGAGAAUUUAAUCUUGGACUCGCAACUCCCGCGGGGCAUGGAAGGAGGCUUAGAAAAGUUGCAGACAUUGGAGGAUUCUAUGAUACGCAAAAAGGAAAUAACUAUAGAUGAACAACGAGGCAAAGCACCUGUAUUUACAGUACCACUUUCCAAUAUAGAAAACUUGAGAGAAGGAGAAAAUGCACAUUUCGAAGCACGUCUUACGCCAACCGAUGACCCCAACUUAAAGGUUGAAUGGUAUUGGAACGGAAAAUCUUUAAAAGCUGGAUCUAGGUUUAGAACAUUUUGUGACUUUGGCUUUGUCAUACUCGAAAUAUCUCCUACGUACCCAGAAGAUUCCGGAGAAUAUUCAUGCCGGGCUUAUAACAACUAUGGUGAGGCAGUCACUACGGCUACCAUGAAAGUCCAAGGAAAGAGAAACAUCAUUUUGGAAUCGCAACUGCCAAAAGGAAUGGAAGGUACUAUAGACAAAAUUGCUGCUUUAGAAGGGUAUACUGGUACAGUAGAUUCUUUGACUCCCGAAACUGAAAGUGGCAACCCACCUGAAUUUAUUACUACGCCGUCAGAUCUUAUAUUGUCGGAAAAUUCUUCAGCACACUUUGAAUGUCGCUUGAUUCCCGUCAACGAUUCCAGCAUGAGAGUUGAAUGGUUCCAUAAUGGUAAACCACUUCUUACGGGUUCUAGAGUAAAAACAAUUAAUGAUUUUGGAUUUGUUAUAUUAGAAAUUGGUGGAGUUUACCAACGUGAUGCUGGUCUUUACACUUGUAAAGCUACAAAUAGGCACGGGGAAGCAACUGUAUCGUGCAAGUUACAAGUUAAAGGAAGGCAAGGAAUUAUUCUUGAGCCCCAACUUCCAUCUCACUUUAAAUCAGGAACUGAAAGUAUUCAAAAGUUAGAAGAAACAUUGUACAAACGUGAAGAGAUAACUGUGGAGGAUGAAAAACCAAAUCCACCGAGAUUCACAGUAGAAAUUAAAGAUAACCUUGAUGUGCCUGAAGGUGGACCGAUCCACUUCGACUGUCGGGUUGAACCUGUUGGUGAUCCAACAAUGAGGAUUGAUUGGUUCCACAAUGGAAGGCCAUUUGCUACUGGCUCUCGAGUACAUAUGUUAAAUGACUUUGGUUUUAUUGCUUUAGAUAUCGAUUACAUUUAUAGUCGGGACGUAGGUGAAUAUACUUGUCGAGCGACUAAUAAGUGGGGAUCAGCUACAACUACAGCAAAAAUAACGUGUAGUACAAAACGAGACAUUGUACUAGAAUCCCAGUUGCCUCAGGGAAUGAGUGGAGAGAAAAUUAAAGAACUGGAAAGGGGACGCAUUAGUGAUGCACCUAAAGAAGAACAUGUUGUUAAUACUCCACCAAAAUUCAUAACACAAAUCCAAUCACAUACAAUUGAAGAAUCAGAAUCCGUACGUUUUGAAUGCAGAGUAGAACCUAAAGAAGAUCCUAAGUUGCGUAUUGAGUGGUACAGAAAUGGGAAAUUGUUACCAUCAGGACAUAGAUUCCGUACUGUAUAUGAUAUGGGUUUCGUUUCCCUUGAUAUAUUAUAUGUCUACGCCGAAGAUUCAGGCGAAUAUGUAUGCCGCGCGAUUAAUGACUUUGGUGAAGAUACUACUAAAGCAACAGUAUCAUGUAAACGUUUGCCUGAUAUAAUACUCCAAAAUCAGGUACCCAGAGGUAUGAAAAAAUCGGAAGCUUUAACUCAAAUGGAGGCUACUAUUAAAAAAUACACGUCUGAAGUCUUUUUGACCGAAGACGAUCUAUACGAUGCUGAUAAAAAACAGCCACCUCGUUUUGUAACACAAAUUCAGAGUCAGACUACUUUAGUGGAGAUGGAAUCAACCAAAUUUGAAUGUCAGCUGGCGCCAGUAGGAGAUCCUAAUAUGAAAGUUGAAUGGUUUUUCAAUGGCAAGCCACUUCUACAUAAAAAUCGGUUUACACCAAUUUAUGAUUUCGGUUACGUUGCAAUGAACUUUGGUUGGGUAUAUCCCGAGGAUAGUGGCGAAUAUCUGUGUCGUGCUACCAAUCUUUAUGGUAUGGAUGAAACAAGAGCUGUAAUUAAAACUGCUGGCAAGCCAGGUAUUGUGUAUGAUUCACAAUUGCCAAAACAUAUGAAGAGUAUUGAGAAAAUUCGAGAGAUGGAAGCAUCAUGGCAAGUAGCACCGGAGCCAGCAGUUGAAGAAACAAAAGAACGUUGUGCACCUGUCUUUGUGAGCCGACCCGAACCAGUAACAGUUGAAGAAGGGGAAUGGGCUCGGUUUUGCUGUCGUGUUACCGGCCAUCCUAAGCCGCGUGUUAUGUGGCUUAUAAAUGGAAAUACUAUCGUUAACGGUUCAAGAUACAAACUGACUUACGACGGAAUGUAUCACUUGGAUAUACCCAAAACUAGGCAAUACGAUACGGGAAAAAUAGAAGUAAUUGCCAGGAGCUCGGUUGGCGAAGCAGUAGCCACGACCGAAUUAAAAGUAAUUCCAAGACAUGACGAUUACAGAAGUGUUCUUAAAAAUGCACCAAGACCUUGGUACGACGAAACAACACAAUAUCAACGAACUGGAACUGAGCUAGAAAAGACGUUUGAAGAAAGGCAAGUAAUGCAACGACAAGGGGCAAUUGACCAUAGGCCUGAAUUAAAGCCAAAAGUUAUAAAAGAACCCGAAACUGAGUGGCAACAAACAGUUAAAAAGAAGAAAAGUGAGGAAUAUUACAAUAAGAUUCAAGAAUUGGAAAACGAGCAAGUCGUAAAGGAAAGCAGAUUGAGAGAAUCAACUCAUCAAUAUGCCAUUCCUGGUGAAAAAGUAACGAGUAGCUCGGUUGCAAGGUCAAUGGCCCAGAAAUACGAAAAUAAUUUAGAACAAACUGAGGAAGUCAUUGAAAAACAAGUACAGAAGAAAACUCUUAAGACUAGAGUCCCAGAGCCAUCCGAGUCUGUUAUUCAUGGCAAGGAGGUUCAUGUAGCUAAACAGAAGCAAAUUCAAAAAGAGGUUGUUGGUGACACCGAAAUCACGCGUAAAAUUAUUUCAACUGAAACAACUGAGGUUGAACAUAAAGGCCAAACUCAUGAAAGGGUCGUUGAAGGGCCAGUAAAACCUUGUAAGCCACCAGUAUUUACAAAAAAGAUGCAACCUUGUCGUGUUUUUGAACAUGAACAGGCAAGGUUUGAAGUUGAAUUUGAUGGGGAUCCAUUACCUACUAUUAAAUGGUAUAGAGAAAACUUCCCUAUUAAAAAUUCUCCUGACUUUCAAAUUCACACUUUUAGUACGAAAUCUAUAUUAAUAAUCCGACAAGUUUUUGUUGAAGAUUCAGCUGUGUUUGCAGCUGUAGCUGAAAAUAGAGGGGGUACUGCUAAAUGCAGUGCUAAUUUGGUGGUAGAAGAACGAAGGCGUCAGGGAAGAGGUGGGGUUAUUCCUCCAAGUUUUACUCUGACGGCACAAAAUGUUAACGUAACUGCCGGUCAACUCGUUCGUUUUGACACAAAAGUAACUGGAACUAAACCGAUAGACGUGUAUUGGCUUAAUAAUGGCAAGAAAGUUCAGCCUGAUAUAAGGAAUAAGAUUCUAGAAGAAGACGGAACAUACACACUUCUUAUACUCGAAGCUUACCCUCAAGAUUCGGGUAAAUAUGAAUGUGUUGCAAUCAACAGUGCCGGCGAAGCAAGAUGUGAUGCCGAAUGUAUAGUAUCUGCCCCUGCUACCAAAGAAAAACCUAAGCCUCAAACUAAAGUUGCCAAUGCACCUCCUGAAAUUAUUGAACCUCUGAAAGAUAGAGUCGUUACCGAGGGACAAGCAAUAGAAUUUGGAUGUAAAAUAGUUGGUAAACCAACGCCAACAGUGCAAUGGUACAAAGGCGAUAAAUUAAUAAAACCUUCGAAAUACUUCCAAAUGUCUAGGACGGCGGAUGAUUAUACUUUACGCAUAUCUGAAGCAUUCCCUGAAGACGAAGGUGAUUACAAAUGUGUAGCUUACAAUUCUGCAGGCAGAGUAACUGUAGCAGCGAAGUUGAAGGUUAUCCAACCUGACCAAGCCGAUAAUUUACCCACACUUACUCCUCUACGAGACGUUGUUGUUUAUGAAGGCCAACCAGCACAAUUCAAAACACAAAUAACUGGCAAGAUCAAGCCUACGAUUCAAUGGCUUCGUGAGGGAGCACUUAUUCCUGAAACCCCCGACUUUCAGAUGAUUCAUGAAGGUAACAACGCAGUGCUGCUUAUCGGUAACACUUAUGAAGAGGACACUGGAACUUUUACUUGCCGUGCAACAACUGCCGCCGGCCAAGUCGAGACUUCGGCAAAGCUAGUCGUCAAAAGUAAGACAUAG